AUGCACUUGGUAAAACCCAUUAAUAGCAAAUACUCCGAUACUCGGCUGGGGUUCCCAGUGUGGGGGUUUCCAGCUGCAGUCCUUGCGAUUUUUGCUAGCAUUUACUUUUUACCAUCUCCCAUUGAUCCAGAACCGUUCAUUUUUGAAAAGCCACCUCCUGCCUUAGUUGGAUCACUGCAAGUGAAUAAAAAGCUUCAGAGUGGACAAAGAAUCUUCACGGGCCAACUGAAAGGUCCUGAGUCUUUUACUGUUGAUGAUGAAGGUAAUAUCUACACUGGUACUGUGGAUGGGAAACUAUGGAUGAUCAGUGGUGGCCAGCUGCAUUUCAUUACUCAAAUGGGGCAGGAUAUGCCUGAAUGUGGAACUCCAGACUAUGAACCAAUAUGUGGCCGGCCCCAUGGAGUCCGAAUGGAUCAGGAUGGUAAUGUGAUUGUGGUGGAUUCAUACUUAGGCCUGUACAAAGUCAAUCCAAGGACAGGAGAGAAAACCCUCCUGCUGUCGAGUGAAAAAGGUGUGGAUGGGCUGCCUUUCAAAUUCCUAAAUGGCUUAGAAAUAUCAAAGAAAAAUUUGAUUUAUUUUACGGAUUCAAGUAGCAAGUGGGAAAGACGACAUCACAAAUAUGAGGUAAUUGAAACAAACCAUCUUGGUCGCCUCUUGGCCUAUGACCCUGUAACAAGAACAGCAAGAACGGUGCUCAGUGGCUUGUACAUGGCAAAUGGGAUUGCACUGUCUCCCUACGAAGAUUACAUACUAAUAGCAGAAACCAGCAUAUGUAGAAUCAUACGCUAUUGGGUGAGCGGAGCUAAUGCAGGAAAAAAAGAAGUUUUUGUGGACAACCUGCCUGGGUAUCCAGACAACAUCAGAUUAUCACACACAGGCUUAUACAGAGUUGGAAUAUCUACUACUCGCUUUCCUAGUUUCUUUUCUCCUUUUCUGGAUGCUUUAGGACCGUAUCCAUUCCUGAAGAGAUUUAUUGCAAAGGUGACUCCUUUAUCAUUCUACAGCAUUUUUCUUCACAAACAUGGCUUGUUCUUAGAAAUUAACGACAAAGGAGACAUUGUGGCAAGCUUCCAUGACCCUGAUGGUAGUGUCACUUGGGCUGUCAGUGAUGUCUUUGAGCAUGAUGGGAAGGUGUAUCUAGGUAAUACAGAGUUGCCUUUUCUUGUGGUGCUACAGUAAACAUUACAGUUUUCAUAAGCUGGAGCAUCAAAAGAAAGAUAGUAACAUUGUUUCAAGCAGCCACUAAAUAUUUUUCUCUACUUAAUGGAAGACUGCUACAUCACUGAAAGAGAAAUGAAACUGAUACCACAUGGUUAAGCAGAAAUGAAAAUACAAUGCAGAAAUACUUGCUUUAGAAGCUUGUGAAAGCCUCAGGCUUAAAAAUAGGUUAACGGUACCAAUUCAUCUAGCUCUGUAGUUCAGAAAAUAGUUAUGUAUAUAUUUUUAAACAGUUGCACAGAAUCGUCUGAGGAAUUCAACUCUGUAACAGGGAUUGAGGUAAAAAGCACAUAUUGUACUGUUGCUCACAGUUCCCAUUUUGGAAAAAGCCUUAUGUAGGAUUUUAUUCUUCCUCUUUCCCAGAGGCAGAACAUACUGCUUUUAAUGAUGAACAGCAGUUUCUCCCUUGUCUCUUUUGUUAAAGUUUUCCAUCAUUCAACUAUAUCAGUUUCCAAGGAAAUAUCAGCAAGUACAGCUUGCAUUUAAAUUUGUUCUCUUGCCUUAGUGUUUCUUCCAGGUGCAAAUUAGUCACAUGCUGUCUUGCUGGAUGCUGUACAUAAGGUCCCCUGUGACCAUACAAAAGUUCACUAGUGGGCUGUGUCCGGUAGCAGGGCAGUAAGUAGAGAACAAGCUUAGAAAUUAGGAAUUCAGUCUUUAGAAGUGUGACACUGCUUGAUCCUGGGGAAAGGUUUAACUGAAGUUCAGUAACAGAAAGAUAGGCAGUUUGAUAGGCAGUUUAUUUUUUCUUUCCCCAAAAGUGCAGCAGUGAACAGGGUCCUCUGGAAGGGCACUUUCUAAACAAACAUUUCAAACAGCAGGAGUUAAGUAUGCUCACAACAUGCUAUAGCAAAGUAUGCUCACAUACAGAGAGAGAAUAAUACAAAUAAAAUUAAUUUUAACUGAAUCACAAUAAGUGACAGCUGUUUCAUUAUGAUGAAAUAAUUGUAUUUAGCUUGUAGAAUCAGUCUUAAAUUUGAUCUGAUUGAAAAGGUAUUAUACCUGCUUUGGGUGUGUGUUUGUAUGUAUGUGUUGCAUGCUUUAUUCCUCAAAAUGAAGCAGCCCAAUUUACUGGGCCUGUGCUGGGUAAGCAUGUACCAGCUGUAUUCACUUACACUGAAGGGAUGAUACUGAGUGUUUUUUGGUUUAGGAUAAUGUAAUAAAGUUAUUAACUGUAUUUCUCCCUGUCUAAUAUCUAUCUACUUUACAGA